AUGAAUCCCGAAAGCGACGAUUGGAGUACAUCGGAUGGCAGUAGACGGGCCUUGACUCGAGCCUUGUUCGAUUGCGUUAAGGACGCCGCGACAGAAUGCUUGGCACAAAUGGAGUGCGAGCGUGCAGCGGCGGAGCAGGUGGCGGCGGCGCGGGUCCCUUGGACGUAUGUCCCCCACGAGCACGACGUAGCUCACCAACGUCUGGUCGCAGACUAUUUUGCCAAGCAACCACGGUGGGGCCGGAUGGGUUUUCACCGCCAUUUUAGAAUGCGGCGAGAUUUCUUUCUCCGCAUUGUCCGGACGUUGGAAGGACGUGAUGAAUACUUCCAGUAUCGGGAAGACGGCAUCGCGGAUAUGUUGGACGAGUACCUUUACGUCGGGGAGACAACUAGCCGUGAUUGUCUGAAUAAUUUUUGUAGGGGAGUUGUGGAGGCUUUUGGCGAAACAUAUUUGCGACGCCCGACUGCUGAUGAUUGCCAGAGCCUGAUAAGGAUGCACGAGACGGUGCACGGCUUCCUUGGAAUGUUAGGAAGCAUCGAGUGUAUGCACUGGCAGUGA